AUGAAGACUCUAACAGGCAAAAUCCUCUCUUCAACUCCGAUUUCCGUUUCCAAGGCAGCCAAAAUCAUUAAUAACUUCGCCGCUACAGACAACGGCGCGUCGCUAGCCAUCAGUGCAUACCUUCGACGCGCCUCCGCCUCAUUCAGCGAGCUCAAACAGUUGCAUAGAGAGCUCCAAAAGCCCUCGAAAUCGAAUCGCAAGCACAAGAAGUCCAAGUCUGAGACCACAGUGGACGGUGCUCGGGAGUCGAGCCUAGAACCGAGUGUAUUCAACUCGACCCGUGAAGAUGUGGAGCUGAGUCAAGAGGCAAGUCGCGGGCAUGGAGACGGAGACGCUAAUAGAAAAACGCAUAAGACGAAGAAAGAUAAGGGCGGGGAAAUUAAUUCUCGGGACGGUGGGAGCAAAGUUGGAAUUGAAGACGGUGGGAGCAAGAGGAAGGAGGAGAAGAACGAGGGUAAGUUUGGGGAAGAUGAGAGCAAAACUGCUACUGAGCAGAGUGAGGUAAAGCAGCAGAAGGAUAAAAGUGGUAAAAAGAUUGAAAAUUUAGAGGAAAAUGGGGUGAACAUUGAGAAGGGUGAAAUGAGGUAUGAAGAAGGAAGGGAAGGGGAGAAGAAGACGAAGAAGAAGAGGAAGAGUAGAGAUACGGAGGAGGGAAUUGAAAAUAAUGCUUCUUCAGAACCCCGGAAGAAGAAGAAGAUUAAAAAAUGA